AUGUUGGCACCACCUAUCAACCUCCCCAAGUGGCUGGAAGAAAACGGCCAUCUCCUCCAACCCCCAAUUAACAACUUCUGCGUCUACAACGGCGAUGUGACCGUCAUGAUCGUCGGUGGACCCAACGCCCGCACUGAUUAUCACAUUAACGAGACGCCCGAAUGGUUCUACCAAUACAAGGGCGCCAUGCUCCUCAAGGUGGUCGACGACGGGCAGUUCCGCGACAUCAUCAUCCGCGAGGGCGACAUGUUCCUGCUUCCGGGCAACACCCCGCACAAUCCCGUGCGCUUCGCUAACACGGUCGGCAUCGUCAUCGAGCAGCGUCGUCCCCCGGGCGCGCUCGAUCGCAUGCGCUGGUACUGUCAGAAGUGCGGGGAGAUUGUGCACGAGGCGGCCUUCCCGCUGACGGAUUUGGGGACACAGAUCAAGGAAGGCGUGGAGAAGUUCAAGAGUGAUUUGAAUGCGAGGACGUGUAAGAAGUGUGGGGAGGUGGCGGAUUGGUGUCCUAAGCCGGGGUCGAUCCGGGAUCCGAAUCUGGAGUAG